AUGAUGAUAAAGAAAGAGAAACACUGCAGAGAGAGUGUGAUUGUUGUGUUGGACUGGAUCAGGGCUUCUACAGAGAAGACUGGUGUUGCACCACUCCGGUGUGCUCUGCGUGACCUGGUAGGCCCAGAGGAUGAGAUUUUGGUUAUAACAAUUCUCAAUUCAGAGGCAAACACACCAUCACCGACUGCAAGUUUUUGUUGUCUGGGAGAGAUGAAAAGUAAUCAUCCAGGUGAAGGAGACCGGGACAUUAAGUUCCUCCACGAAGAGAUCAGUCCGAAAAUGGAAGCUUACGAGAAGAUCUUUGCACCGUACUAUGAUAGAUGCAGAAGCAGUGGAGUGAAAUUUCACGUGAAGAUUGCUGCCAGCUUCCAACCGGACAUAUUAGUGGGGGAGGCGAACAAUGUCAAAGCUACUUGGAUUGUUAUGGACAGGUUAUUUUCUAUGGACCAAAGCUUCAUACUGAGUGGAACAAAUUGCAAUAUAUCUUCGGUGCGCGAGGAUGAGGACACUAUAAUGUACAAUUAUUCACCUGGUGGAUUGGAAAAGAAGGAACGAAACCCCAAUCCAAAGUUUUCAAACCUAAAUAAGAGAUCGUCAUCAUCAUCAUCACAAGAUGAAACACAUGCUCAUUGUACCUUGCCAAACUUUCAAGGCAAAUAUCAACACGUUUCUCCAUCUGAUUUUGCAAGUACAAGCAGAGGACUCGAAAUUCUGGCAAUUUGUGACUCAUUAGAUGAAAGAGAGAACUUAGAAAAGGUGGAGCUGGAAAGUGAGGGGAUCGCAUUACAUGACAAUAUCUCCUCCAAUGAAGUUUCUAAAGUGAAGCUUAUGUCAAAAAUGCCAUUGCAACUAAGCUGGGAAGUGAUUUCUGAGAUAACAGGCGGGUUUGGAUCUACAAUUUGCAUUGACCAGAAUGAUUAUGUUGGGACCUAUAGAGGAUAUAUAACUGAUUGUUGCACGAAUGUUAUGGUAAAAAGAUUCAGUGGAGAUUUUAGUGGGAUUCUCGAAACAGAAAAAAGAGCAGCUUUGUCUAUGCAUCAUAACAAUAUAAUGGGGUUGAUUGGUUACCACAAGAGUGAAAAUGACACAAUUCUGGUCUUUCCCCAUCCAGCAAGAGGGACACUGGACAGAUAUCUUCAUGCUGCUAUUGGUGCAGACUCCAGAGGAACAUGGAAGGAAUUUCUGACAUUUCAAGAUAAAAUGAAGAUAGCAACAGGAACUGGUAAAGGUGUUCGAUACAUGCAUGAAGAGUGUCCUCGAGGCCCCAUUGUUCAUGGUGACUUGCAGCCAUGUAACAUUUUUUUGACCAGCGACUUUAAGCCACUGAUCACUGGCUUUGGGCGAGCUAAGUGGCUGCAGCUAGGACAGCAAACAUCACCUAUUAGUAGUAACAGAGGGGGCUCGCACAAAGAUCCUUUGGAUGUUGAAUCAUUGACUUUGGUAAAAUCAGACAUCCUUUCUUUUGGAAUUCUGCUCUUAAGGCUGUUCUGUAGAAAAUCUGCCCCGAAAGAUGGAAAGAAACUAAUUGAGUGGGCUCAGCCAUUGUUGCGGCAAAGAGCUUACCAUGAAUUAUUGGAUGAGGACACGGAGUAUUUGGACAUGCAUGGAAUUUUGAAGGUGGUGUGUGCUGCAAUUCAAUGCACAAAGACUAGGCCAGUUUCGCGACCUUGUAUGAGCGAGGAGAAAGUUCUUGUGCUGUGCAAUCAACGUCAUCUUCAGAGAGCAGCCCAAUUAUGCCCUAGAACACAUGGCAGUACAGUCUUCUAUUGCUCGCUCUGUGCUAUUUUUGCUGCAAUAGUCAAAGUUUAA